AUGGGGAGUUACUCGAAAGCACUUGAAUUUUACGACAAAGCACUUAAAAUAAGAGAAAAAGCUCUGCCUCCAAGUCAUCUUGAUUUGGCUACUUCCUACAACAACAUUGCCGGAGUGCAUACCGAAAUGGGUGACUAUGUAAAAGCACUUUAUUCCUUUGAAAAAGCACGUACAAUCAUUGAGAAAGCUCUUCCUGCGAAUCACCCGGAUUUGGCUAGUUCUUACAACAACAUCGGUCUAGUGCAUUAUAAGAAUUGUGACUACUCGAAAGCACUUGACUUUUUCGAAAAAGCACUUGAAAUAAAAGAAAAGGCUCUCCCAUCGAAUCAUCCCAAUUUCGUUACUAUCAAAACAAACAUUGGUCUAGUGUAUAGCAGCAUGGGUAACUACUCUAAAGCACUUGAAUUCUACUACAAAGCACUCAAUAUAAAUGAAAAAAUUCUGACUCCGAAUCAUCCAGAGUUGGCUACUUUGUACAACAACAUUGGUCUAAUGUAUACGAAUAUGGGUGACUAUUCGAAAGCACUUGAAUUUCACGACAAAGCAUGCAAUAUCUGGGGAAAAGCUCUGCCGCCGAAUCAUCCCUUAUUGGCUACUUCCUAUAAUAACAUGGGUCUAGUGUAUAACAACACGGACAACUAUUCAAAAGCACUUGAAUUUUAUGGAAAAGCACUAGAAAUAAAGGAAAACGUUUUGCCUUCGGAUCAUCCCGACUUGGCUAUUUCCUACAACAACAUCGGUUUGGUGUAUUCCAAUAUGGGCAAUUACUCCAAAGCACUUGAAUUCUACGACAAAGCACUUAAAAUAAAAGAGAACAUACUGUCUCCAAAUCAUCCGAAUUUAGUUACUUCAUAUAACAACAUGGGCCUAGUGUAUAAUAAUAUGGGUGACCAUUCGAAAGCACUUGAAUUCUACGACAAAGCGCUUAAAAUCAAAGAAAAUACUAUGCCUACGAAUCAUCCCGAGUUGGCUACUUUGUAUAACAACAUCAGUCAAGUGUAUGACAACAUGGGUGACUACUCAAAGGCGCUUUCAUUUCUAGAAAAGGCACUUGCAAUGUGUCAAAAAUCACUUCCACCUUCACAUCCUAAUAUUAAAAAUGUGAUGACAGGUAUUUAUCUUGUAAAAAAGAAGAUGUAA